CCCGGCGGCGGCUGAAGGCGGAGAAGAGGGCGUGUGGAAGCGAGCGAUUGGGGCCGGCGGGCGGCGGCGGCGGCGGUGGUGGAAACCGCCUCCGCGGCGAGCUCGGCCCAGCGGCGGGUCCGGCCGAUGACAGCGGGCUCGGCGCGGGCUGGCGCGGGCGAGCCCGGCUGAGGGGGGCGCCGAGCGAGGCGGCGGGCGGCGGCGGGCCCGGCCGGCCGCGGCUCUUGUUGCGCCUGCCCGGAGGAGAGCGGGAGCCCCGCGCGGGUGCCUGGGCCGCUCCGGCGAAAAGUUUUGGCGUGUGCCCGCCCCGCCGGGCAAAGUUGUUGCUGGGUUCGUGUGUUUGCUUUUUCCCUUCCUCCCCGGGAGCCGGCUCCGCGCGGAGAGGAAAUCGCGAGGGAAGCAGGAACUGGGGAGCGAGGCAGCGGCCGGGAUCCAGGAGGCUCCUCCGCGCCGGAGCGGGGCGGCGCGGUGCCUGCGCGCCGCUGGGACACCGGCCUGCGCGCCCGCGGCGCCGCUGCGUGCGCGGGCGGGCCUGAGCCGGCAGCUGCCGCUUUCCCCCCCUUUUUUUUUUUAAAAAAAUUUUCCCCCUUUUAAGCGCGUUAUUAUUUAUUUUUUUUUGCCCGCCCGCUUCUCCCUCCGCUUUAAUAUAUGCUUGUGGAGAGCGACGUCCCGCCGCGCCGCCUCACCGCCCAGCCAUGUCGGCGGCCAUCUCUGCCGCGGAGAAAGUGGAUGGCUUCACGCGGAAAUCCGUGCGCAAGGCUCAGAGGCAGAAGCGCUCGCAGGGCUCCUCGCAGUUCCGCACCCAGAGCAGCCAGGUGGAGCUCUCGCCGCUGCCCCAGCUCAAAGAUGCCACCUCCAAUGAACAGCAAGAUCUCUUUUGUCAGAAGUUGCAGCAGUGUUGUGUACUCUUUGACUUCAUGGACUCUGUUUCAGACCUGAAAAGCAAAGAAAUUAAGAGAGCAACCCUGAAUGAACUGGUUGAAUAUGUUUCAACAAAUCGUGGAGUGAUUGUUGAAUCAGCCUAUGCUGACAUAGUAAAAAUGAUUAGUUCUAAUAUUUUCAGAACACUUCCACCUAGUGAUAACCCAGAUUUUGAUCCAGAAGAAGAUGAACCAACUCUUGAAGCCUCAUGGCCCCACAUACAGUUGGUGUAUGAAUUUUUCCUGAGAUUUUUAGAGAGUCCGGAUUUUCAGCCGAGCAUUGCAAAGCGAUACAUUGACCAGAAAUUUGUACAACAGUUGUUGGAGCUCUUUGAUAGCGAAGACCCACGAGAACGUGAUUUCCUAAAGACAGUUCUUCAUCGAAUUUAUGGAAAAUUCCUUGGUUUAAGAGCGUUCAUCAGGAAACAGAUAAACAACAUUUUCCUCAGGUUUAUAUAUGAAACUGAGCACUUCAAUGGUGUUGCUGAGCUUCUUGAGAUAUUAGGAAGUAUUAUCAAUGGUUUUGCACUGCCACUGAAAGCAGAACACAAACAGUUCCUCAUGAAAGUUCUGAUACCCAUGCAUACUGCAAAGGGAUUAGCUUUGUUUCAUGCACAGCUGGCCUAUUGUGUUGUACAGUUCCUGGAAAAAGAUACAACCUUAACAGAGCCUGUAAUCAGAGGACUGCUCAAAUUUUGGCCCAAAACUUGCAGUCAGAAAGAGGUAAUGUUUUUAGGUGAAAUUGAAGAAAUCUUAGAUGUAAUAGAACCGACACAAUUCAAAAAAAUAGAAGAGCCUUUAUUUAAGCAAAUAUCCAAGUGUGUAUCAAGUUCACAUUUUCAGGUUGCAGAAAGAGCUUUGUACUUCUGGAAUAAUGAAUAUAUUCUUAGUCUGAUUGAGGAGAACAUUGAUAAAAUUCUACCAAUUAUGUUUGGCAGUUUAUACAAGAUCUCCAAAGAACACUGGAAUCCAACUAUUGUGGCACUCGUAUAUAAUGUGCUGAAGACGCUGAUGGAAAUGAACGGCAAGCUCUUUGAUGAACUUACAAGCUCGUAUAAAGCAGAAAGACAAAGAGAGAAGAAGAAAGAAUUGGAACGUGAAGAGUUGUGGAGAAAGCUAGAGGAGUUAAAGCUUAAGAAGGCUCUGGCAGAAAAGCAGAACAGCACUCACAACGUGCUGAAUGCACACAAUACAAGUGCCAAAUAAAAGAAAUGACAACCUCUACUCGACAGACAUACUUUUUUGUACCCUUUUGAAAUAUAGAGAAACUUGCAAAAUAAACCUCAUCAGUAUAAUAGAAACAGCCAACUCUUUUCUCUGGCAAAAUGUAAAUGAAAAGAAAUUUAAGUGCAGCAGUUAAGUGAUGUCUUUACCACAGCAUAUUGUAAAUUUGUCUAAUUAUUGAUAUUCUGUCACUUCCAAUGUUUCAUAGAACUGAAUUAUCAUCCUUAAUGAGUGAAAUAAUUAUGGGAGUGGUGAGAACUAUGACUUGAAUUUUUGAUUGUGUUGCACAUAGGUGGUAUAGUUUGCUAUGUACAUUUUUUUUCCUUGUUUUAUAUGUGCUUUUCACAUCGCUGCAUACUUUGGUUAAGAUUAUAGAAAAGGCUUCUAGUUGCGCUGUAUUUUUCUCAAAUAAAACUAAGGUACGUUGCCAGUAACUUCAGAUACUUGCUACAUGCCUCUUGCAGCAUUGAAGUGAACUCAGAUAUGGUGCUGUUCUUGAAUUCUGGAUUCAAUUUAAUUUAUAAACAGCUCACAGUAGAAUGAGGCAAAACGUGGAAAGAAAGCGAGCUCCAGCAGGUUUCGGUGGUCCGUGUGUCCGACCCACCCUGUGGUGAAUGCCUCGAGACUGCCUUCUCCCUGCCUCUUGGCCAUCCUCCUACAGCUGAGGCUGGAGCUUCCUUUGGCGAGCCCAUCAGCAGCGCUCCUCAUCGGCCCAAGGACUCCCUGCAGCAUAGUGCAGUGUCUCCUACAGACCAUCCCAGACAUCUCUGCAGUACCUUUAGUAUCUCGUGGCCUGAAGAGUGAGACCAAAGUUGGGGUCCUUAAGGAGAGAAGACUGUCACUAACUAGUUCCUUGUUUUAUUUAAAGAAAAUGCAGUCUACUUCUUGAAGGUGGAAAGUUGAUUAUAGAAGUCUUGUCUGUUUUACUUGAUCAAGUAUUUUUCACAUCUUUUAUCAGAGUACCAUUCCAAUCUCUUUAAAUUGCAGUUGUGUGGAAAACUUUUGUAAUGAAAGAUCUUUGGGGAAUUGAGCAGCAUUCAAUAAAGUCUUUAUGUUUGUA